UUGCAGGAAUAUAACUGCAACGGGACAACGGUCGACCAUCCAGAAUACGGUGAGGUAAUUCAGCUCACCGGAGACCAGAGGCAACACAUCAAGGAUUUCCUGUGUCGUGUAGGCAUCGUCAAAGAAGAAAACUGCAAAAUUCAUGGCUUCUAA